CUGGGAGACUGGCUUGCCCUCACUGCAUGGAAAAUACAGAUGCUUUCACGCUGAAAGGGAGUAGAAAACAGUCGUGGUUUGACUGCCACAGAAAGUUCUUGCCUCGUGGUCACCCGUACCGUCGUAACACAACUCAAUUCCGUAAAGGGAAAACCGUAAACAAAGAAUUCGGACACCCGAAAACCGGAGAAGAAUUGUUGGCAGAGGUGGACAGUCUGGGGUUUAUGAAGGCAUAUGAAUUUGGGGCUGAGAAAAAUAAUGCUGCGAAGUCGGAAAAUUAUGGUUGGAAUAAAAAAAGUAUUUUCUGGGAUUUGCCGUAUUGGAAAACAAAUCUCAUUCGUCACAAUCUCGAUGUCAUGCACAUUGAGAAAAACGUAUUCGACAACAUUUUCAAUACGGUACUAAAUGUUCCCGGGAAAACGAAAGACCAUGCAAAAUCUAGAGAGGAGUUGAAUGACAUAUGUGAUCGGCCUGAGUUAGCUAAAGAUCCGGUUACUGGGAGAUUUCCUAAGGCGAUGUAUGCUUUGGACAGGGACGGGAAAAAAGCUUUACUUGAGUGGAUUAAGUUAAUAAGGUUUCCAGAUGGCUACGCGUCCAACUUGUCCAGAUGUGUCGAUACAAUCGGUCUGAAAAUGCAUGGAAUGAAAAGUCACGACUGCCACAUUUUUAUGCAAAGACUUCUGCCAAUCGCUCUCCGUGAGCUAUUACCGAAGGAAGUCUGGGAGCCUUUAACAGAGCUGAGUAUCUUCUUUCGUGAGUUAACCUCCACGUCUCUAACAGAGAUAGAUCUAGAUCGUAUGAGGCUGGAAAUCCCAAAGAUACUGUGCAAGCUGGAACGUAUUUUUCCGCCCAGCUUUUUUGACUCCAUGGAACAUCUACCCGUACAUCUGCCGUACGAAGCUAUGAUGGCAGGUCCGGUUCAGUAUCGCUGGAUGUAUCCAUUUGAAAGAUAUUUGAGAAAGCUGAAAAAAAAAGUCAGCAAUAAAGGGAGGGUGGAAGGAAGCAUCAGUAGCGGAUACUUGAAUGAAGAAACCGCAAAAUUUGCAGCUUAUUACUUUUCAGAAGGUGACCCAAUGAUACCUGAGCGGCCGCAAAGGAAUGAAGUUUAUGACAUUGAAGUCGAUGACGAUGUGGACAGACUAUCUAUUUUCAAGCCGCACGGGCAAUCAGUGGGUGCUUGCCGCAAGAGAUAUCUUGAAGAUUCUGAGAUUGUUGCUGCUCGGACAUAUGUUCUGUUGAAUUGUUCAGAAAUUGAAAAUUACAGAGAGGUUUUCGAAGGCGAGUUGCGCAGAGAAAACCCUGAAAUCACCAUCUCUCAAAUUGAAGCGAAGUUCGAGAGUCAAUUUGCCUACUGGUUUCAACAAUACGUGCAAGAUCCAACUGUUUGUACUAAUCCCUUUAUUCUUAGUCUCGCUAAAGGACCUCUUAGAUCAGUAAGAACAUUUAAGGGGUACCGUGUAAACGGAUUUAAGUUUCAGACUCAAGCUUAUGGGGAGGAACAGCUUACUAUGAAUAGUGGAGUCUGCGUGAAGGGAACUCAAUAUGUCGACAGCGAAAAUGACUUUUAUGGAGUUCUGACAGACAUAAUUGAGCUGGAGUAUCCGGCUCUUCCAAUGAAGACGACUGUCUUAUUUAAAUGCGAGUGGUUCGACCCAGCACGAAAUUCUGGCACAAUUAGUAACAAAAAAUACAAUAUGGUGGAUAUUAAUAACAGAAGGAGAUACAAUAAGUAUGAACCAUUCAUCUUAGCCGAACAGGCCGACCAGGUUCAUUACCUGCCAUAUCCUAGUAAAAGAAGGGAUAAAUUAAAUUGGUGGGCAGUUUGCAGGACAAAGGCAAGAUCUGAACUUGACAUGCCCGAGGGGAUUAUCCCGGCUUUUCAAGACGUGAUAGAAGAAAAUCCUCUCAUUGUUGCAACGGACGACAAUUCGACAUAUUUAGCUGAUGACAACGGAGAAGCUGAAGAAGAUGCGUUGUUCGUGCCUCCUGAUGAAACAGAAUCUGACUUUAUCGCAUCCUCAUCAGAUGAAGAUGAAAUUGAAGAACUUUAGUAGCUUAGAGUAUUUUAUGUAUUAGCAUGUUUCUUAAUUAUAAUUAUGUUUUAUAAUUAUUUAUUCAAGUGUACUAUUUUAAAUUGAAUUCAUAUUUCUUAGUUAUAUGUUUCACUUAUGUUA